AUUCAAUGGUAAAAUUUCAAUUUCAAACGGUUCUCGAUUGUGUAGUGUUUUAGGUCGUUUGUCAAUUUGUGAAACAUUUAUUAAAGUGUAUUUUUUAUUACAAUUAUGUCCGUUUUUGAUGAAAUAAUGUGUAAACUUAAUGAAAUAUCUAACAGUUAUGUUCGCUCCCUAAACGAAGACAUAAAGGUCGCUUUCGACGCUAUAGACAAGUUUGCUGGGGAGUAUCAGAAUGGACGCGGGAAACGGGACCAGAAUCAGAAAAAGGCCUUGGUGAAUACGCUUAUGAGCAUAAAUGAAGACGAAGAUGAAAACUCCCCCAAAGAAGUCAGUAAGUCCAAGGAUGGCUCGGAGAAGCGGCUCUCCAACAAGCGGAGCAAGGAGCAGGUGGACGGCCUGUUGAGCCCUGAACAAGAGAAGAGACCUAAGAGACACGCCUCCGUUAAGGCUCAGAACAAUAUUACCAAACAGGUGAACGUGAGUCUGACUCAGAAGCUGCGGCGCGACGACACGUCCAAGACACGACGACGCAAGGAUGACGACAAGGAGAACUCGCUGCCUGUUAUACAGGUGAAACAAGAGAAAAUAUCCCUCCCACCGGAGCCCAUGGAGACGGAAGCGGUGUUAGAUAUACCACUGGUGCCUGUGAAGCAAGAACCCAAUAAGGAUGAAGCCUCCAUGCCACCGCCAGCCGUCCCUGUUCCAAAGCCUCGCAGGCUACCGCCGAAGGACAAAUCUACAGAUAGCGAGGACGAACCGACCGGCAAACGGAGCACGCGUACUAAGAAGAACACUGAGACAAUGCCACCACCAGCUGAGCCUCGCAGGCUACCGCCGAAGGACAAAUCUACAGAUAGCGAGGACGAACCGACCGGCAAACGGAGCACGCGUACUAAGAAGAACACUGAGACAAUGCCACCACCAGCUGCCCCGGCGCCUGUGGAGCGCGCGGGCCGAGCGUCCCGGCGCGGGACGGCCAGCAGGGCGGGGGCGGGGGCUGGUGCGGGGGCGGGGGAGGGGGAGGACGCGCCGGAGCCCCGCCCCAAACGCACCCGAGCUAAAAAGAAAGUAUCAGAGUCCGCAACUACAGACACAGAAAAUACACAACCGCCCGUAGAAAACAGUAUUGGUACACCAGACAAACCACGACCGAAGAGGACCAGACGAGGCAAAAAAGCGGCCGAGGAAGAACCGAAACCAAAAGAUCCAUCUCCAGAACCAGAAAUAAUAUCACCAAAAGAAGAGAGAAUAUCCAUCCCCGAAAUCCAAUCGCCCGCCAUACCUCAAAAAACCGUCAAAAAGACCAAAGCUGACUCAACAGUAUCAAUAACCUCAGAUGACUCGAUCCAAUCUAAAAAGGGCCCUAAGAAGAAGGGACCAAAGUCUAAAGUUGACAAGCAAGCGAUGGAGGAGACACAUGUUUUAAAUGUUACAAGCAAUAUGAAUAUGACGGUGACUAUUAGUAUGGAUAAGACGGUGGUGCUGACUAAUGGAGUGUAUGACCAUACUGAUGGGAGGUCUACGAUUGCAAUGAACGAAACAGUCGUGUUAGACAAAAUUAACCGAGACACCAUGGUUUUAGAUAAACCACAGGCUAAGAUUAUGGACUCCACAGUUGUUAUAGAGAAAGAUGUCCCUACGCCCGACUUGACGGACGACUUGUCUCUACUGACUGAAGACAACAGUGAAGAGUAUUGCACGCCCACCAAGGAACCAGGGCCCACAACACACAGGACCGAGGAGGAACAAACAGGACCCACUUCCGCUGUAAAAGCCAAAGUACAACAGUUUGAAGAGAUGGCUGCUAGGACCACUAGGACAAAAACGAGAGCUAUGGCCAAAAAGGAUGCCGAGACAGAAAACAGUACGCCGCCCGACAGAAUAAUACCAAAGCAAGUACUCUCCGCGGACACGCUCACCAAGAUGAACAACAUGAUUUUCAACGGCAAAACCACUCAGAUAUCAAGUUCAGCCACAAAGCCGACCGCAAAAUUGCCCCCCGCAAAGACAAUGUCGGCUUCCGCGUCCAAAGUGACCGCCAUCAACAAGGCCCGCGAGGAAUUACUCAGCAAAGAUGACGCCAGGAAGAAGAAGGAAGCCAUGCUGGAGGCUAAGAAGGAGAUGCAGAAACGAAAACGCGAAGAGAAAAUGGCGGCCGCCGCCGCGGCGCGAGAAGCGGCCGAGAAGGAGCGCAGAGCUGUGUUACAAGCACAAGCGAGGGACAGGAUGGAGAAACAAGCCCAUGCUGAUCAAGGAAAACUAGAAAAAAUGAAAGAGGUAGAAAGGAAAAGGCUCGAGUUGGCGCGUAAGGCGGCGGAGACGGAGGAGCGGCGCCGCGCCGAGGAGCAGGCCCGCGCCGCGCGGCUCGCCGACGAACAACGGAAGGCUGAUGCCGCCAGGAAGAAGCAGCAGGAGGAGAGCGAGGCUAUGAAGAAAGAGGCUGCGAAGAUGGCUAAAGAGAUCGAGAAGAGACAAAAAGAAUAUCUCGAGAAACAGAAGAUGAAGCAAAGAAUGGAUGCUGACAAAAUGCACACGCCAUUGAAGAAUGGCACGAAAGCGCCCCCUAUGGAGCCUGUGUACAUGCAGGACGGCUUCCAGCACCUCAACUCGGACUCGGAUGAUGAUGAUGACGCGCCGCCCAAGUUCCCCACCCCCGCCUGGUGCAAGUCGCGGCACCGCCAGCUAGCCCUCCAGCACCUGCUGCCCAACGGCCUCGUGGACGCGCUGUUCUCGGUGCGCGUGCACAGCGUGGACCUCCGCGCCAUCUUCCCCGCCGUGGAGCGCGCCGCACUCAAGCGCACCUCCUCCGCCGUGUGGCGCACCCCGCCCACCUUACACUUGUCCAGGGUGCAGGAGUCUCCGGUAUAACAUCGAGGUGAGACCAGUCGCGGGCGAUCAUUGUAAAUAGUAUUAUGUAAUUUGUAUGUUAUCGCUAAUUAUAUAUAGAUAUAUAAUGCCGACCAUCCACUAAACACCGGUCCACGCCCGAAAUCACUAAUUUAUAAUGAGCUACUGUUGCUUAUUGCAAUCAUGUAUUUUCUCAGUAUAUUAACAUUAUAUUCACCAGAAAUUAUAAUAAUUAUGGCAAUCAUACACAAAUCGAGUCCGUACCCUACAGUAAUCAUAGAAAUAAUUUACGCUUCCUCCAAAGUCUAACUUUUUCGAAAGGGACCCACUGACUAUCAGUCCGCCGGACGAUAUGGGCCUGUUAGUUAGAACAAUAAUUUGACAGGCCGAUAUCGCCCAGCGAACUGAUAGUCAGUGGGCCUUAAGACUGUAAAGUAGUAUCCAAAAUUACUUACACCGUGAAAAGAAAAUUAGCAUUUCAUAAAUAGCGUUAGAUUUGUACCAUUGCGCGGUGAUUUCAUUAUCGGGUCAAAAUUCAUUUCGUUCUUAUUUUUU